AAACUGUUUCUGACAGAGACGGGUGAAGUACAACGAAUCCAAGAAGUCAUUUUUACAUUGAGAAUACAGGUAGGCUAAAAAAUAGACCUUAAAUGACCUUUAAUUGUCUAGAUUACCUGGUGGUUUAAUGAAUGGUUUGAUCACUUCUAACGUCAAAUAGAGGGUCUAAUGGUUAACAUUUUAGCGCUUAUACUGCAGUUUCACGCUUUUCAUUCAUUUUCAUCGCGAUUAGUGGUUUCUGUUUUUCCAUGGUUUUGCGGUACAUUAGGCCCCAGUUCCCCUCAUUAUUGACAAAAAGAAAGUACCAGAGAUAGCUGAAGAUAUUGAUCAGAAGCCAGUAAUAUAAGGAUGAGAACAGACAGGGUUACCAAGACGAUAAUUUCAUCAGUUAGCAAUGCAGCGCGGUUAAGGACAGUUCCCAAAACUGACAGAAAUAAUUGAGAUUCAUAAAACGUCCGCUAGGACGACCAGAAAUCUUAAAAGCUCUAUCCAAAUUUAUAAACACCUACUGGUUUACUGAAUCGUGACCUUUUUUCAUUACCAGAUCACAAGCAUUUAUGUCGCAGAGUGAAAUCAAAGCAGCAAAUGAUGGAGACCCCACAUCAACUUGUGAUGAUGAACAAGUGCUUAAUUUUGACGACAGCACUUUGAAAAGUAAAGACUACUUAAGACUGUUAACAGUGUAGUAUCGAAGGCCUUAACACUGAAGAGACAAAAGAGAAACGUUUGAAAAUAGCCACACCCAUGGUCAACUUGCACGGUUUUAGUAGAAACCAUAUUUCAAUAAUUUCAUCCACCAUCGCCAGUUAUAGACGAACAGAAAUCGAGUUUAAGCUCAAUUUAUCAGUGAUCGUAUCUAGUUGGAACUUCGAAUACACAAUAGUGAUAGAACAAAACUAUGCCUACAACUGAUCUUUAAAGGUAAUGUGUCAUUCGUCAGUUAACCCUUAAGACCCUAAGAUCAAAAUUAAAAUUCUCAUUUGUCGCCCCUAUUCAUUUACUAUAGAACGGCUGGGGAGAAGUUUAUAAAAUAUCAAGCAAAUUCAUGUUGUGUGAUCAUGUCUGUAAUUUUCAUGACCACUCUAUUUUACAUAGCAUUGCUGUUACAAGGAGAAAUUUGAUGCUGAUCACUCUGAAGGUUUAAAGGGUGAACAAGUAAUUCAUUGCAAGCUAAAUUUACAAGUGUGAACGAGUUAGUAACAUAUGAGCUUAAUUACAGAAAGUAACGACAACUCAAUUCUGUUUCCUUUUUAGCAAUAGCAGAGGUUUACAACAAUGAAGGAAAUGAAGCAUUCAGUAACAACGAUUAUGACAAUGCCGUUUACUUUUACACGGAGGGAAUCAAAGUAAAUUGCAAAGAUAAAGAUCUCAAAGCAGAACUGUACCGCAACCGGGCAACUGCACACCUCUGUUUGGGUAAAGCUAUUAUGUAUUUUACAUGCCAAUUUUAUUUCUGUCUAGCAGUUUAUGAAAUUAAUAUCUAUUAGAUCCAGGUUUUAUGUUUAAAAAAAAGUACUUUUAAGAUGAUAAAAAUUGCGUCCUGUCUGCUCUUUGUGACACUUCUGAACUGGCGCAUAUUUACCUUGACUAUGAGUCACUGUGUUUUUUACUUUCACAGGAAAUUACAGCGAAACGUUGAGAGAUUUAAAGAUGCCUCUGAUAAACGACCACACUUAUUCUAAACAGUAAUGACAGGUAAUUUUUUUAGUUUUUACACGGUGUAAGCAGUUUACCGCGAUAUUUUAAGGACGGCAUCAUUUUACUUCAACCGGGGGGAAUCCCUUGUGAAAGAGACGGGGAUGCUCAUCGGCUAAUUAAAAUCAAAGCUCUGAAUUAAAAGAGACCAAUAAGGGCGUGGCAGUUGAUCCCUAUCAGACGCCCUCAUACCACCUCGUCCCCAGGGUCUUCUCAGGCCAUAUUGGAUAACGAAAAGACCCUGGGGACGAGGUUGACCCUUAUAAGUUUUCAAGCAGUUAAUUUUUAAAAACAACUAUUUUGUCUCCUCAUCUUCCCAGUUCAAAAAGACCCAAAGAGAAAGGCUUUCGUGGUCAGUGGCAGAUGUUUUGAAUACGAAAUUGCAAGUCAAACUUCUAUGAUGUCUCAAGCUGCUGUCACAGUGCUCGAGGAAAGAUUCAAGCCCGGCGAAGGCGUGGUUGGAAUUGCACGUGCAUUUUAGGAGCUAGAGCUGGUACACAUUGUUAUUGCAUCACUG